UUUUCAUAUGGUAUAGAUAUUUUAGGCUGCUCUCCAUUGGUGUGGAUGACUAUUAUCCAAAAGUUCAAUGCCACCUCCAUUGCUAAUUAGUUGGUGAAUUCUCAUAGCCAUGGCGGCAUGUAUAGCAGCUGCCACCACACCCAUAUCUUCAAUUUCUAACACCCAAAUAGCAUCAACAAGAAGACGACAUUCCACUUCUUUUAUGCUCAACCCACGAGCAAUGUCUAAGGAGCUUUACUUCAAUCACGACGGUUCUACCACAAAGAAGCUUCUGGCUGGAGUGGAACUUGUAGCCGACUUGGUUGGAGUCACUUUGGGCCCAAAAGGAAGAAAUGUGGUUCUGCAGAACAAAUACGGCCCUCCUAAGAUUGUCAACGAUGGUGAAACUGUUCUUAAGGAGAUUGAGCUUGAAGACCCAGUGGAAUAUGUUGGAGUUAAGUUAGUGAGAUUAGCUGGUGCGAAGACAAAUGAUCUUGCUGGUGAUGGGUCUACAACUUCAAUCAUACUUGCUAGAGGUCUAAUUUCAGAAGGUGUGAAGAUUACAGCUGCUGGCAUCAAUCCUGUUCAAAUUGCCAGAGGGAUUGAGAAAACCUGCAAAGCCCUUGUCUCUGAACUCAAGCUGAUGUCCAGAGAGGUUGAGGAUCAUGAAUUAGCCCAUGUUGCAUCGGUGAGUGCGGGUAAUGAUUACAUUGUUGGAAAUAUGAUAGCCGAAGCUUUUGCAAAAGUAGGAAGGAGUGGCUUAAUCAAAAUCGAGAAAUGGAAUUGUGCUGAAACCGAGUUACAGAUUGUAGAAGGAAUGCAUUUCGAUCGUGGGUAUUUGUCUCCUCAUUUGGUCACAAACAAGGAAAAGAUGACGGUUGAGUACCAUGAUUGCAGGUUACUCCUGGUUGACAAAAUUAUCUCGAAUCCAAAGGAUAUGUUUAAGAUUUUGGAUAGUGCAGUUAAGGAAAAGUAUCCAAUCUUGAUCAUUGCAGAAGGAAUGGAGCCUCAAGCUCUAGCUUUAUUAAUUAGAAACAAACUCAAGGGUGUUAUGAAGGCGGCUGCUAUUAAAGCUCCUUCAUUUGGUGAACGAAAGAGCCAUUGCUUAGAUGACAUUGCUAUUUUGACUGGAGCGACAGUAGUUAGAGAUGAAGCGGGUAUUUCCCUGGAAAAAUCUGGAAAAGAGGUAUUGGGAAAUGCUAUGAAGGUCGUGAUAAGUAAGGAUUCGACAUUAAUAGUGACAGAUGGAAGCGAAGAUGAAGCUGUCAGCCAAAGAGUUGGCCAGAUUCAAAAACUGAUUGAGAACACAGAUGGGAGGGUCCGAAAGAAUAUGCUGAAUGAACGAUCAUCAAGGUUAUCUUCAGCUAUCGCCAUUCUGCAGGUUGGAGCUUUGACUGAAGUUGAGUUGAAGGACAAACAUUUAAGAAUUGAAGAUGCUCUAAAUGCUACAAAGGCAGCGAUUGAAGAAGGAAUCGUCGUUGGUGGAGGUUGUAGUCUUUUGAGGCUAUCUUUAAAGGUGGAUCAGAUCAAACAAAAUCUAGACAAUGAAGAGCAAAGAAUUGGAGCCGAGAUUUUCAGAAGAGCGUUAUCUUAUCCUAUUCGACAGAUAGCAAAAAAUGCAGGUGUGAAUGGGCUUGUCGUCGUGGAAAAGGUUUUGUCCAAUGACAAUAUUAGGUUCGGCUACAACGCUGCAAAUGGCUCUUACGAGGAUUUAGUGGCUUCUGGCAUCAUUGAUCCUACAAAGGUGGUAAGAUGUUGUUUGGAGCAUGCAGCAUCGGUUGCGAAAGCCUUUUUAUUGUCGGAUGCUGUUGUAAUUGAUAUCAUAGAAUCAACAAAGCCUAACAGAAUGAGAAAUCCAUUGCCAGAAUCGGGUGUUGGGCCGGUCGAAAACAUUAAGUUUCCUAGAUGAACUCAGCCACCAUACAUGUUCUUGUGGUUCAAAAAAUGAAGCUGAAGUUCAUUGAAUGGUUCAAAGAAACAAAGAACUGGAAUCAAUGUGAUACAAAAGUUAAGGGUUAUGAUUUCAAGAGCUGAGAUUGCAUAAAAAAAUAGACAGUUUAGAUUAGAAUGUUCUAGUAGCAUAGCAAAAAAAAAAAAAUCUACAAAGCUAGUUUGUUGUAAUGGAUCAUGCUGUUAUUAGUAUUGAAAUAGAAUAAAUUAUGUUGGAGUAUUUAAAUAGGUAUUGAGAUAUAUUUUGUAAGAUGAAUAUGCUUUUUUUAAAAUGGAAUAUUAUUCUUUUCACA